AUGACGCCCCGAACGCCCCCGAUGAUGGCGACGAGCCCGCUCAAGGACGCGAUGGCGUCGGAGCUCAAGGGCAAGCCGGUCUCGCCGUACGUCAAGAUGGCCGCGGGCAUGGCGGGCGGCGUCGCCGAGGCGUGCUUGCUCCAGCCGCUCGACGAGGACGGCGACGGCAAGCAGCUCGAAGUGUGGAAGACGCUCAUCAACGGCCUCGUCGCGGGCUCGCUCGGCCCGUGCUUGAACUCGCCCAUGGACGUCAUCAAGACGCGGCUCAUGGCACAGGAGACGGUCAAGGGCGUCGAGCCCAAGUACCGCGGCUUUGUCCAUGCGUUCGGAGUCAUUGCGCGCGAAGAAGGCAACGCGGCGCUCUGGAAGGGCCUCGUGCCACGCCUGACGCGCAUGGCGCCAGGCCAAGCCAUCACGUGGACCGUCGUCAUGCGCGUCACGUCCUUUUUUGAAAACAACUAA